AUGGUCAACUACAAGCUCACAUACUUCGAUGGAGACCUUUUCGCUCUUGCCGACCAGAAGUAUGAGGAUGUCCGUCUUACCAGAGAGGCUUUUGCUCCACUGAAAGAGACUUUCCCAUUCGGACAAAUGCCAGUGCUUGAGGUUGACGGCAAGCAGCUGGCGCAGUCGUUGGCAAUCAACCGCUACUUGGCAAGGACUUUUGGUUUCGCUGGCAAAGACGAUUUUGAAGCAGCAACCAUCGACUCAUUGGCCGACCAGUACAGUGACUACCGCGGCGAAAUGAAGAGCUACUAUUAUGCAGCUCAUGGAUUUAUGCCUGGAGAUCCAGAGAAGCUGAAGACUGAGGUGCUAAUGCCAGCUCGUGACAAAUUCCUUAAGUUUGUCACAAACUUCCUCAAGAAGAACGCUGCUCACGGUUACCUCGUGGGUGACAAGAUCAGCUGGGUGGAUGUGCUAAUCGCUGAACAUAUGGCCGAUAUGUGCAGGAUGGUUCCUGGAUUCCUUGAUGGAUUCCCAGAGGUAAGCGUCGGUUCAUUUAAUCUAAUUUUUGAAACCCUGGGAGUCGAAAAUCAUAGUUGGUGGAUCAAUUGCACAAUGGUGAACUAUGAUUUCGAGUCCUAA